CUAUCAAAGGUUUUAUAGGUGUUUUUUGUGCGCUCGAACGUCGUCCACACGAUGACGACGGAUGCCGGGCAUCGAACCGAAUGUGUAACUAUUGCCGAAGAAGAGCCUGAAAAUGACGAUUUGGACAGUGCUAUCGAUUUGACGAAGGAAAUUGAAGAUUUGGAUAAAUUGCAGCUGGCCCUCGAUCGUAUGCUAGAUUAUCCACGCAGUCCAUCCACAUCACUAGCGUCGUCAUCAGGCCGAGAAACAGGAUCCACCGGCAAGGAUCAAGGCAUUGGCGCUGGCACGAGCAGCGCUGAGCGAUUGAAUGAAUCUACUUCUAGUUCACCGAGGAAGCGGGAAGGUCUCGCAGCACGACGUUUGAUCCGAGUACCAUGUGGGACGACUCCGUCCGCUUGCGGAUCGGAUUCGAUUGCGGAAAGCGUUCCGAUCCCAUUUACGGUGUUCGGUGGAGCUGCUGCUGCUCGACUGAUUCUAAUCGACAUCGUCAAACGAGAAGACCUCAUUGGAAUCUUGAAUCCUAAUGAUGUUAUUUUGAAAAUUGAAGAUGUAAAUGUCAGCGGUAUGUUGAGAUCAGAAGUGACACGAUUAUUAGAGCGGCUGUGCCAUGAUAAUGAUCAAAUAGCAGUGGAAAUUGUCCCUGCAGGUGCUAUCACUGAUGAUAUCUGCGAGAUUUUAGCCGAUAAACAAUGGGCAGAGCUACAAACUACGAUACGGGACAAUUUGUACAGCAAGACUGUGCCAUAUACAACUCGUCCGCCACGAGAAGGCGAAAUCGACGGCGAACAUUACCGUUUCGUUUCUGUGGACGAGUUUACACGAUUACAAACAGAAGGAAUGCUAUUGGAACAUGGUACCUAUCAGGGACAUCUCUACGGAACACCACGACCUGAAGAGUGUUAUGAGGGAACAGCAAUGGUAAGCAGCGCUAACAAAGGACCAUUGCCACCAAAUUGGGAAAUCGGCUACGCUGAGAACGGCGACAAGUACUUUAUUGAUCAUAACUCUGGCACAACAACAUGGGAUGACCCGAGGGAUUUGCCGCCCGGAUGGGAACAAGUCGACGAUCCAGAAUACGGCACAUUCUUUGUCGAUCACAUCAAUAAAAAGACGCAAUACGAACGACCGAGUACGUCCGGAGCGACGAUGUCAUCACGUUAUGAACCGAUACCCACCACGGCCAGUAGUAGUCAUAUGGCGAAUGGGAUCACAACGAAUGGGCACCAACACUCACCACAGAAUCAACAUAUCAAAAGCAGGCAACCUAUGAUCCCGGCGGGAGGAUCUAAUCCGUAUUUCACGCGGGAUCCAGCUCAAUUACGUGGGGAAAUGGUCACGACAACUAUCACAAAAGGUGCCAAAGGACUCGGAUUUACAUUGAUAGGCAAUGAUGCAUCCAGCAAAGGCGAUGAAUUUAUACAGGUGAAAUCCGUCUUGCCUGGUGGUCCCGCUGCUGAAGAUGGUGUUCUUCGAGCCGGUGAUGUCCUGGUCCGAGUGAAUGGUGAACUUCUCCUUGGUGCUUCCCAAACGGAUGCUUGUCGAAUUUUCGUGAACAUCCCCGUGGGAGACCCGGUGGCUAUUCAAGUCUGUCGUGGUUACCCGUUGCUGUUGGAUCCAUCAAAUAGGAUAAUCACGGAAAAUGUGUACCAAACUGGAGGCAGAAGUCGAGAUUUGCACGACAUAGAGAUUAUCAAAGGAAAAGAAGGCUUUGGAUUCACGAUCGCUGACAGUGCUACGGGUCAACGCGUGAAAAAGAUCCUUUACCCAGAACAGUGUGCCAAUUUGUUGGAAGGUGACACAAUCGUCGAAUUGGAUGGUCGUAAUGUUCGAGCCAUACCCCAUACACAACUGGUCGAUAUGCUCAGGGAGUGUCCCAUAGGACACCGUGGUCGGCUUGUAGUUCGGAGGAGCUCGCCCAAGCAUAGAUCUCGAACACCUGCAGCUGAAUUCCGGUACGGUGAGCAAACCCGUGCCACCCCGCUGCCCGUCGUGUCGCCUCGUUCAAAAACGCCUGCGCCGGUUCCCGGUGGACGACACGAAGCUGAACCAACACAAAUGCCAGUGAAUCGAGCGCAAACACUGCAAAGGCAACCAAAUGUGGCACCUGUGGACACUUGGGAUGGAGCGUCAAGAAUGAAACCGUCAUCAACAUCGUUGGGAUUCGCAACACCAAAUUACAUGCCUUUGAGUGCAUUUCAAUUCAACAAGCCAACUGAUUUGAUCACGGUGAAUUUGAUACGAAAACCCAGUGGUUUUGGUUUCCGGCUGCUUGGUGGGAGUGAGACCAAUACCUUAUUGACCGUGGGUCAGGUCGUUCCUGGUGGAGCUGCGGCUGAAGAUGGACGAAUGCAAGAAGGCGAUGAAAUCGUCGAAAUUGAUGGUCGCAACGUUGAAGGAGUCAGUCAUGCUGAAGCCGUUUCUCUUCUGGAACAUGCGGCUCAUAAUAAGCAUGUGAAGCUUGUUGUGCGACGACCGAGACUAGGAGGAGAUCGUCGACAAACGUUUCACACAGAAAGGCAGCCGGCUAAUCCAACGACUGCGUCUGGAGAGUAUGACGUGACUUUGACUCGGAAUGAAAAUGAUGGAUUUGGGUUUAUUAUCAUAUCAUCGCUCAGUAGGAAUGGAUCUACCAUAGGACAAAUCUUGGAAAAUUCUCCAGCAGAAAAAUGCGGACGGUUGAAAGUGGGCGACCGUGUCGUAGCCGUAAAUGGUAUCGACAUCCUUAAUCUUACCCAUGGAGAAAUUGUUGGGCUAAUAAAGGCCUCUGGCUUGACAGUUCGACUUACCAUCGCUCCACCUAUGUCUGACGGUAGUCCGUUAGCGUCAAGCACGCUGAAUCGGUCUAGUGUCAUAAAUAUGUAUGCUCCGUCGCCGCCGAAUUCCUUUGUUCCACCACCACCCAUAUUUCAAAAUGGGGGACUAUACGCUACUGUAGGAAGGAGUUCAAACUAUGCUUCAUACCCACAACCGUCCAUGACUCCAGUGCCAUUUUCGUAUACGAAUGGUUCAGCAUUCAAGGGGAACCCGCAGUACUCAACAUAUGCCGAUGUGGGACGACCCGUUUAUUCCUCUUCUUCGCACAUCAAUGGGCAGAUGAACGGACUGAGCCUGAAUGACCCAGUUCCUCCAGAACAGGAUGGGCCUAUAAUAUCUGUCGAAUUGGAGCGUGGUGUGCGCGGGUUCGGUUUCUCAAUUCGUGGUGGCCAAGAGUUUGGUGCUAUGCCUUUAUUCGUGCUUCGCAUUGCUGAAGAUGGUCCUGCAGCGAUGGAUGGACGGUUGAGGGUAGGGGACCAGCUGAUAUCCAUAAAUGGGCGCGAUACGAAGGGAUUAACUCAUGAAGAAGCUAUCCAGCUAAUCAAACAGCAUCCAACAGUCCGGCUUACUGUAAGACGCCAUAAACUCCCUUAAUUUCAUUCCCUGAUAUAUCUCAUGACAGAGUGGAUGGUGUUUUGUAAGAAUUUCUAUUUGCCGUUGUAUUCGCUUAAAUUCGCCAAACAUGAAGUGCUAUGACAUUGUGUGACGAUGUAUCCCUGAACAUUUUAAAGUUUUUCGCUUUAACUUGUCAUUCUCUCUCCCCCCCCCCCUCAACCCCUCUCUUGAUCCAGCUCAGUUUUGUGUUAGCAGCAAACAAGUGUUAGAAAAUGUCAUAGGCCCGCUACAACCAUCCUUUGGAUUUUUACUUAUAUCACGCAACCCGACGCACACACUCAACAUGGGUCUCAUUUUCAUUUUUUUUUCAACAUUCAUUUUAUCUCUGAUUGUACUCGCUUUAUAUCCUUGUACUCAAUCCUUAUGUUGCGCAUUAUUACCAGUGAUGUUUUCAGUUUGCAUUUAUGUGUACAUACUAUAACAUCAGAUCCUCUGAAUAUCACUUGUUUUGCGAUAGAUUAUAAAAUAAAGCCGCUAAGGCACUUUU